UUUAUAUUGUUUUGUUUCAGAGGUUUUGUUUGUCGGGUCGAGUUUAUUAAAUGGUUUUAAAAAAAGAGCAACUGCGGAUAAUUCAACGUAUUGCGGUGUAAAUUCACUUUAUAAUCAGCCAUGAAUGAACAAAGACGUUAUGCUUUUGACGAUGAUAAACGAAUUUCCAAUUUCGUUUGGCGAAAAUGGAAUGUUUUAACAAAUCUAAUUGGCUUCGCAUGUACGAUAGGUAAAAAUAAUAUUAAUACGUAGUACUUAUGUAUAUAUAUAAAAUAUUACACGUGUUCAUUGUACAACAUAUAAGCCUGAAUGCUAGUCUAGUAAUCCUUGUAAUAAACGGCUUAGUAUAAUAUCAUCCAGUAUUGUCUGUUCAACAGCUGAAGUUAUUUUUGGGAUGUAUUUUUGUAAAAUGUAGAAUAAUCAUUUUAUAAAUGGUACAAUCACGUGACAGUGUAUCUAAAAUUAGCUCUGGAGUAGGCUUGUUCCAAAGUUGUCCCUACAAGUUGAUAUCAUGGUGCAUCUGCACUGCUUGUUCACAACUAGUCUGUGAACCCAGACGUUGUUUCCCAUGCUCAUUCUUCACCCGAAAAGUAACUUUGAAAUGACAUCUGGGUUCACAGCAGACUAGUUCGCAACAUGACAACUUGCUACAAUAUUAAUACAACUUGUGUUUUCAGGCAUUUGGGGGAUUGCUGUCACCAUAGUUGACGAGCAUCAAGAUAUUGGUAUAUACUUAAUGUAAGUCGACUCAAAGUAAUAGACCUUACCGUUUAUUCACUUUUGACCCAAUGGCCUCGUUUUCGUGUUUGCCAGUUUUGGCAUGACAGGCGCACAUGAAGGUUAUAAGCCCAAUAACAAGUAAGUUCUUAACACUACUGUGCACGAAACACAAGUAAAUACCUGACACGAAAACAAGGCCAUUGGGUCAAACAUCAAUAAACAAUAAGAUCCAUUGACCCUUGAUAUGACUUUACCUGGCUCUUUUGUUUGAGCUCAUCCUUCGUUGUACAUUGUUUUAGAUUGUGUGGAAUAGCGAUGACGUUUCUUGAAAUAAGUUUGGUUUUAGACAAAGUAUUCUCAGUUUGCUGCAGGUACAACUUACAAAAGUUUCCAUUCUUAAUGUUUUGACCCAAUAAAUGUCACCAGGUUUUGUAAAAUUGAAGAUUCUUGAACCCAGUACCUUCUUGAACUCAUCACCAGGUUUUGUAAAGGUUCUUGAACACGAUAUUUUUUGUGUGUUCUGAUGUUAUGUACUCAGGUGAAUAUGUUUUUUGAUGUUACUCUGAGUGUAUAUCCACACACCUGGCAGGCUGAAAUGUUAGCCUGGCCACGGCGGGAAUCGAACCCGCGACCUUUGGGAUACUAGUCCAAUGCUCUGCCAACUGAGCUACGAGGCUAAGUCUGUUCGAGAGUGUGGUUGAACAUUAUUCUUAUUUCUCUGCAGUGAACAGUCGCUUGUUCGCCAAUGUUGGUCGUUUGUUCUCGCCGCCGACACAUGGAAACGAGGGUUACUCUACCUUGGUCUUUCUGUGGUUUGCUACAUCAAUGUCAAAUAUGGCUGGCAAGUGCCGUUUUCUGGAGCUUUGAUGGAUCUUGCUAGUAUAUUCUACUUUAUCAAAGCUUUCAAAGCAAAUCAAAAGGCCGAGCCAUAUAAAUAUAAACAACUAUCUGUUACAUAACUUCCUCAUAUUGACAAACCGAUUGUUAAUUCAUGGCUGAUAGAAUAUUUAUUAUGCACAACAUACAUACAUUAUAUUUAUUUAGUGACUUAUAACAUAGUACGUGAUUUCAUAUCCAUCUACCUACAAAUUAUCUAGUAAAAUUAUGUAAAUAAUUUUGUAAUUAAUAUUCAUUAUGAGCUGCUGCAUCAAUGUGAAAACGUUAUUGAUUAAAUUAGUGAUCAUAUUCUAGAUUGAAUAGGUUGUCAAUGAUUAUAAUGUAAGAGAAAAUAUAUUUUCUCGUUAAAUCCUGUAACUAUACUUAGAUGUUUUGGUAGUCAACUUGAAAAUAAAGUCAUCAGAGUGACUGUUAAAUUAGCCUUUCUCGGGCCUGUUUCAAACGUCGCGCUUCUCAUGUGCCGAACACAUUAAAAAUAAUAGAUAAUCAGCUGAAAUGCCUCAUUAUCUAUUGUUUUUAAUGCGUUCAGGUCAUGAGAAGUGCGACGUAUGAAACAGGCCUCGCAAAAACGAAAAUCCGCCAUUUUUGAGGUACUGUCUGCCCUCGUGAAAGAUUCUAGACAAUUCAAACGUGAAAAUCGACUUUUAAAAGUUAUAACUGUACAUUUGGCAUUAUACAAACAACUACAAUACUGAAAGUUGUUGAUUUCGUGGUGCGCAGACUCUCAAACGUGGGAGAAGUAGUACCCGAAAAAUGGCGGGAAAAUCGGCUGCGAGAAAGACUGGUGCCUGUAUUCUAAAAGCUCACUCACUUUGACUCGCACUCAAAGAGUGGAGGUUCAAUCUGAGCUUCCCUUGAGUGUCAGUGCUGUUUUUGAAUAGCUGGGGCCGGUUGUAUAAAACUCUUAAUCACUUUUUUAAUCACUAUUUUGUAGUUAAAUAGUGAUUAACUCUCAAAUACGCGCUUCUUAUUGGAUGACGUUUCCACUAACUGUAGUUACUUUUAAUCACUUUUUUAUACAACCGGCCCCUGGAGGGUUAGUCCCGCACCUUACUAUGCGACUACUCACCCUCCAGCUAUUCAAAAACAGCAUUGACACUCAAGAGAAGUUCAAAACUGAACCUCCACUCUUUGAGUGUGAGUGAGCUUUUGGAACACAGGCGUCAUUAUUCACUAUGUGUACUGAGCUUGUGUUUGGAAACGCAUGUCAUGGAAACAGUUAGCCGCUAGGAUCAUUCGCUUGCUCAGUAUGUAUAUAUUUCAAGCUGACCACUAUGGGCCGGUUGUUCAAAGCUGGGUUAGUUUAAAACCCUAUGUUAACCUAAAAUUCAAAGCAAACUUCCUAACGGCUUGUCUAAUGUAUAUAAAUUUGGAAAUAUUUUUUCAGAGAUCUUGUCUAGAUCGAUAGGAGUUUACUUCGCUGAAGUUUUGAAAUAAGCAGACGUGCAGAAAUACACAAACUAAAACAGCAGGUUAAAUUUUAACCCAGGGUUAGCACUAACCCACCUUUCAACAACCGGCCCCAUGUCUAUAGUAAUUACCACACUAUACAGUAUAACCCACCAAUACUUGUUAUGAUUUUGAGAAAAUGAAUUUUCAUGUCUAUCUACAUAGCUUGCUUUUUGCUCAAGAAAAAAUUGCCAGGAUGGUAUAUUUUUCAAACGGCAUACCAAACUUGAUUUGUGGUUGAUUAAUUUUCAGGCUCUCCAAUAAGCCCAAGCAAUGUUUUACGAUAAUUGCCACUUGUGUCACCCUAAAAACAAAAUGUUGACAUUCUGCAUGAGGUCCGCGUGUUUGUGAUAAAGAACAAUACAUAAUAGUCCAGGG